AUGUGCAGAUACACAUAUGAUGAUGAUGAUGAUGAUGAUGAUGAUCCAUUUAGAGAGAGUGAUUUCCUGCUGGAUCUCUGUGAUUAUGACAGGUUCUUCCAGAGGGUGUGUGAGUCCGUCCCUGUGAGGUCCAGAGAGGAGGACCAGCAGUUGGCCUCUCUCCUCCAGGCCUUGGGCUCCACCCUGUCACUGGGAGGAGAGUUACCCAGGAAAACCUGCAGGUCUGUGGGGAGAGUCCUGGGUCUCUGUUCCUCCAGAGUGGACCUCACUCUUACCCCCAGCAAGAUCUCUCUCCAAGGAGCCUUACUUAUUGUGAGACAUGAGUCAAAGCUACACAAGCUCAGGCUGAAUGUGGGCAUGGCAGUGAAACUGUCCAGACUGGUUAGGAGGACAGGGAGAGGUGCUACUCCACUGACUGUCCCAGAGCUCUCCCUGGUCCUAAAGAGCAACCACCUACCAGAGAGAGUGUUAUCCAGGGCUCUGAGUAAUGUGGCAUCCCUGCUGAGACUCUGGAGGGUUCAGUGUCUGGACCUGACUGACUUCUGGAUCCAGGGUCACUCUCUCAUCACACUGCUGUGUCACCAGGGACCUCUCUCUCUCAGACUGAACUCAGACACUCUGCAGCAGCUGACUGUAGUUGUGUAUGAAGCUCAGGACAAGGACUUGACUCAGUGGUUCCUGGAGAAGGUUGGUGGAGACCUGACCUCCUGCAGGCUGGACCUGGAAGUGCUUCUCUCUCUGCUGCAGCAUUCAACCCACAACAUCACUGUGGACCUCAGGAAGAACAGGCUCCUAGAGAAGAACAUCUCAGAUCUUCUCCCCUUUCUGGGAAGGGUUAUAUUCAAGAGGUCCAGUUCCAGCUUUGUAAAGUCCACCAUCAGACAGAUCUAUGACAGCAGAGCCAGUGACUGUGUGUCCAGUUUGUUGAGGUCUUCAGACCAUUGGAUCAACCUGAACAGCAGAGAGCUGGACAGAGUGGACUGUACUGCUCUGGGUUUUACCCUGCAGCACUGCCACCAAGUCAAAGUCAACCUGCUGUGGACCUCCAUACCACCGGGGGAGAUAGAGAGCAUCCUGCCUCUUCUGGACAGAGUCUCCCAGCUCAGGUUUAAUCCAGCAGGGGGCACCACCACCACCACCACCAACAGCAGUAUGGCUGCUCAGGUCUCUGCACUACAGGCUGGACUUCUCCUGCUCCUCCUCUGUGGACCUGUCAGCUCAGGACCAGGAGGAGGCUCUGUGUCUGACCACUGA